AUGAGCGAUAUGAAGACGCCAGAUUUUGACGACCUGCUGGCAGCCUUCGAGAUCCCCGACAUGGUGGAUCCAAAAACUGCUAUUGAAUCUGGCCACCAUGAUUAACAGAGAUCCAUCUCAAACAAGCCAGCUGAGGUGACUUCGAAUGAGAUAGGCUCACAUGCCUCAACAGGACACGAUGUUGCCGUUAGUGUCAUUGUCAAGAAUACCCGAAACACAGAUAAUAGUGAGCAUGGUGGAAAAUCAGAAAAGAACAAUCAUCGCCACCCUGCAGGCAGUUUGGAUAAUGGACUUCAUAAUGGAAUUCUUCCAGUCAUGCCAUCUAGUAAUCAUUACACCAAGAAUGGUUGGAAAGCACCAAGAAAGAGGCCCCAACCAGCUGACAAUCAGCAUCUACAUUCAAUCAGUUCACCCAUCUCCAGUGCUGAAGAGUGAGAUGAUGAAAAGAUUGAAGUAGAUGACCCUUUGGAUAAGCAGGGUGGUCAGUCAUUCUUUAGACCUGCUACAAAAACAGAGGCACAAAAUCCGAAAUCUCUUGUUUCAGUGGACAAUGUUUCAAAGUCCAAAGUAAAUGGAAACCUAAAACCUGAUCAAAACAACAACAGUGACACUCUGGUAGGUUCCAAGUUCAGUCUUACUCCUCAAACAAGGACCCCUGAGAAGGAAUCCAAAUUAACUGUUGUCAGCUCCAGACAAGAGGACACCAACCUUGGAGAGCCAUCAGGGCUUAGUAAUGUGUCGACAUCUGUAAGACACAUCAAAGCAAAGUCCUCCAUGAAGCUCCCCUCUUGUACAACAGCAAUAGCAUCCCUCAGUUCCAGAAAAGCUAACACUGCAGACUGUGGGCUCUCAGAUUCUUCUUUAACACCGAAUGAAUCUGUGCAUGACAGUCCUCAGCCGAAGGACAGUGAAAAUCCCAAUGCUCCAGAGAAGUCUCACAAACAAGAGCCAACACUGGAGUCUGCAAAGAAGCUACCAACAAAACCAGAUAGUCCAUCUAGUGUCACCAGUGAGGGAAGCAGCAAAGGAUCACCCAUCUCAAGCACCGACACCACUCCAGUCAUCCCAAAGGUCCGUAUUAAAACAAUCAAGACCUCAUCAGGCCACAUUAAACGCACAGUCACCAGAGUUGUACCAUCGUUUGAGCCGGAACGCCUGAAAAAAGCAGAGCAUCCUAAUAAUCCAUCUGUUAUGGCUUCAUCCAUGCUUUCUUCUCCUACCUCCAAUCCGGUAUUAUCGUCUCCCACCAGACCCUCUCGGCCAACCGCACUGGUAGCCACCACUGGAGGUUCUUCAUUGGAAAUUACAAAGCAGAUGACCAUCAAACCUGUGGCGACAGCCUUUCUGCCCGUCUCAGCUGUCAGCAGCAGGUUCUCAGUCAUCAACCUGAAGCUAGCUAACAACAACACGUCAAAGCAACAGUCAUACCCUGCUGCCUCAGUGCAGAGUGCCAGCAGUGCCAUCCUGAAAGCCGCUAAUGCCAUCCCACAAACUGUAAUGGUGUCUGCCUCCAGUCUGGCUAAUCCAAAACUCGUGCCAAAGACAAUCCACAUUAGUAACAUUAAUCUACUGCCUCAGACAGUCUCCUCUGCUACCUGUGAACUCCAACAGGUCCGAUCGGUCUACAAAACUGUCUCUGCAUCAACAACCACAGCAGCAAGUCAAACAUCACACAGGUCUUCCUGUCAGACCUCAAAGAAAGUCUCCAAAGUUCAGGUGUUUGGCAGCUCUCAAAGUUCUGUGGUGGAUGCUUUUAAUAAAAUACUAAGCAGCAUAAAUCCAGUCCCUGUGUACGUACCCAAUCUCUCCCCUCCAACCUCAGCGUGUAUCUCCUUACCUUCUCGUGGCUACAAGUGUUUAGAAUGUGGAGAUUCCUUUGCACUUGAGAAAAGCCUAACUCACCACUAUGAACGUCGCAGCGUGCGCAUCGAGGUCACCUGCAAUCACUGCGCCAAAAAUCUUGUGUUCUACAACAAAUGCAGCCUCUUGACUCAUGCCAGGGGCCACAAGGACAAGGGGGUGGUCAUGCAGUGUUCACACCUAAUCCUGAAACAUCCUGCAGAUCAGAUGAUAACCACAACACCCCCGAUAAGCUCGCUCAGCUGCACUAGUACCACCUCUGUCUCCCAAACACGUGCAGCCACAGGUCAAAACCAAGGGAAAGUGUCUGGUGGAGGUUCACAAGCUGCAGUGAUAUCAGUGCCGGGCAGCACUCCUCUCGUGGCAGCCAUGCCCUUGAAUGAUGCAUCGAAGCUUUGCAGGCACAGCCAGUGCUUGGAGUGUAAUGAAAUAUUUCAGGAUGACAGCUCUCUGGCCAUGCACUAUCAACAGGCACCAGAGACCAGUGACAGGUGGGGUACAAGUGUGUGUGCACGGUCAAACAUGUACUAUCUGCCAAUGCUUCUUCCGAAUCAGUGCAGCUUUUUGUCACACCAGCGAAUUCAUCAGCACAAGUCACCAUACAUUUGCCCUGAGUGCGGCAGCUGUCGCUCUGUCCACUUCCAGUCACACGUCACUAAAAACUGCCUGCAUUACACACGGAGAGUCGGCUAUCGCUGCAUUCACUGUAGUGUGAUCUUCGCUGAUGUUGCUACACUGAAAUCCCACGUCCAGAGUACUCACUGUGAGAUCUUCUAUAAAUGUCCAAUCUGCCCCAUGGCCUUCAAGUCUGCACCAGGAGCACACUCACAUGCCUACACCCAGCAUCCAGGAGUGAAGGCCGGAGAGCCCAAGGUAAUCUAUAAGUGUUCCAUGUGCGACACCGUAUUCACCCUGCAGUCGCUGCUGUACACCCACUUCGACCAGCACGUCAUCAACCAUAAGGUUUCCGUGUUCAAAUGCCCUGACUGUUCGAUGUACUACGCGCAGAAGCAGCUUAUGUUGGAUCAUAUCAAGGCCAUCCAUGGAACUCUGAAGACCAUUGAGGGCCCCCCUAAUCUGGGCAUCAACCUUCCUCUCAGCACUAAGGCCAAUAAUUUGAACAGCAGUAACAGUAAUAGCCCUGUAAGUAACAGCAACAACAACAAAAAAGAUGGAGGACAAGUUAAUGGCCAGGACAAGGAGGAAAAGAAAUCAUCUACAUCACCACUAAAGAAAACCAACAACAACAACUCCGUGGCUGUCAGGAAUAUAUAUACAUGCAGGGACUGCAACACACUCUUCAGCUCCAAGGAGGUCUUUGUUGCUCACAUGAAGCAGGACCAUGAUAAGACACUGAAGAAGCAUCCAUGUCGACAAUGUGAAAAGUCCUUCAGCUCCUCCCACAGUCUGUGCCGACACAACCGUCUCAAACACAAGGGGCUCCGCAAGGUCUUCAGCUGCCCGCACUGUCCAGCUCUGAGUCAGCUGUUCACAAAAAGAGCACUGUUGGAUCAACACAUUCAGCUGAAGCAUAGAUGCAAAGACCCAGAUGGGAAGACUGUGGAUCCAGAUAAUAUGGAGGCUUUACCUGACAAGAACAAGGCACACAGCAACAAGAGAAAGUCAGAGGAAGAUGAUCCUCCUCCAAGCCUGAAAUCCAGAGAUUCUGACUCUCAGCCGCUGAAGAGACUCAAAGUGAACAUCCUCAAAGUCCACAAGUGUGCCGUCUGUGGCUUCACCACUGAGGACAUCACGGCUUUUCACAAGCACAUUCCCCAACACAAGUGCGACGGCUCUUCUUACCAGUGUCAGGAGUGCGGCCUUUGCUACACCUCUCACCGCUCCUUAGCCCGGCACCUCUUUAUAGUCCAUCGACUAAGGGAGCCGCAAGGCCUUGCCCAUUGCAAGGGCCGGGGGAAGGAUGACGACGAGAGCCAAAGGGAGAACCAGUUAGAUGUUGCGGAUGAGAACAAUGACGGGACCCCAAAUACCAAAUGCAAAGUGUGCGGGAAGAUGUUUGAAACGGAGGCGAAUCUGAACACACACAUGAGGACACAUGGGAUGGCGUUCAUAAAGUCAAAGAGACUGAGCAUGGCAGAGAAGUGAAAGAAAUGCAACUAGAACCUCUCCAGUAAAACAAUGUGGUUUUAAAUUCUUACGGUUCCACAACCGAAUCACAUGGUUUACUCACAGUGGUUCUCCCAUGCUCUAUAUACAUAAUGUAUAUGUACUGUGCUAAAAUAUGCAUACAAUAUACACACACAAAUAUUGUAAUAUAUGUCACUUUAUGUGUCUUCAAAUCAAUUGAACAAGAUCAUUUUUUUUUGUACACACAUAUAUGUUUCUAUAGGCCUUGGGAUAGUUUUUAUAGAUGAGCUUUUUAUUUUAAAUGGUUUCCAUUGUUGUAUUCUCACUAGGACAAGAUGUGUGAAUAUAUUGUUGUAAUGGGAUUAAUCCUCAUACAGGAAACAGUGUUAUCAAUUUUUGAUGCUGCUAAUGUCCAGAGAAUGUCAGAAAAAAAAUACUGUAUGAAAUAUUUGGGAGUGUAGUUGAGUGUAGUUUGAAGUCUUACAGUUCAACUU